UGAGGCAUGGCCACGUCUACUCUUAACACAAAAUCUACGAUACUGGGCAAAUUACUAUUAUCCAACCUUCUACUUUUGUAAUGCAAGAAUCGCCAUUGCUUCGCCUGAUAAAGCGGGCUGAGAAUUCGUUUCUUCUAAAUCCUCUCUUUCUCUGUUAUUUGACUAUCCGAUUUUUUCUUUCUUUUUGGCUGCGAUUUAGAUUUCAAAGAUUUUGAUUUCCGUUAAUAAAUAAGAAAUCGCGGAAUUGCUCAAUUAUGCAGCGAUUCGUUGACAACGUCCUCGCUGUAUCCAAAGAUGCAGGUCGGUGAAGACAUUCACUUAUGAGGCAUUGCAUAAUAUCGUGAGGCUGAUAAAUGGGGUGUCAGCAUUUUUGUUGACACUAUUGCCAGGGAAGGCUACUAUCCUUGAAGGUCUUCAUGGCUGGGAGCUUAGGCCAACUGUUCGAGGACCUCGAUACCCCCGCUGGAUGGAGCAUGGGGUAUCCUCUUUCAACAAAUUCAUCCAUGAUCUGUCCGUGGAUUCUGAUACUUCAAGCGAGGAUUAUUCAUCAGCAGAAGAAGAUAGCGAAGAAGACAGUGAUGGAGUAUGUCCUGCAUCACCAUUAUCUCGAAGUUCACAAGCGUCGCGUGCAAAUUCUCACGCAAAGAAUAUUGAGUACUGGACAGGAUGGACUAUGUUCUUAUUAUCAUGGAUUCUCUUUCCUGUGAGGUUUCUGCUGGGGAUAGCAUUGCGACUUUGUCGUUUAUUUCACAGUAGGGGUUCAACAACCUCCUCUAUAGGGGGAGGCCACAAGCCUUCCCGAUUUCAUUCUUUUAGGAGAGUGCAUACUCCAAAGGAUCAUAUCAUUCAUCGCACCACUGACAGGAGACGUGGAGUCAUUGAGGAUCUUCAUCUGGCAAUUGAGAUAUUCAUAGAAGCGAUAUUUGAUUUUUUUCAUAAAGCUGCACAUUUUCUUCUUUCUCCAUCAGAAGUUUUGAGAGUACCAUAUAGAUGGUUUUCAUCUCAGAGUACUGGCCAUGAAGAUAGUAAUGGCAUGUCAGAUACAUCUGUGCCCACUGCUACACUUGGAGAGAAUGACCCAACUCCUACAGAAAGGAAAACCACUUUUCACCAGUCUCUUAAUACAGAUGCUCGGACAUGUCAGGAUGUAAUAACAGAGCUUGGGUACCCAUAUGAAGCGAUUCGGGUGAUCACUUCUGAUGGAUAUGUUCUUCUUCUGGAAAGAAUUCCCAGACGUGAUUCACAGAAAGCUCUUUACCUUCAGCAUGGGAUCUUGGAUUCAUCAAUGGGUUGGGUGUCUAAUGGGGUUGUUGGCUCUCCAGCUUUUGCAGCAUAUGAUCAAGGGUUUGAUGUUUUCCUCGGGAAUUUUCGUGGUUUGGUUUCUCGGGAGCACAUAGACAAGAACAUUUCCUCACGGAAGUAUUGGAGGUAUUCUGUCAAUGAGCAUGGGAUCGAGGAUAUCCCAGCAAUGAUAGAGAAGAUUCACCAAGUUAAAACUACAGAAUUGAAAAUUAGCCAGCCUGAACUUGACGAAGAAAUGAAUGAUGAUCAGCCUUACAAACUCUGUGCAAUUAGCCAUAGCUUGGGAGGAGCUGCCAUGCUGAUGUAUGUUAUAACACGCCGUAUUGAGGAAAAGUCUCAUAGACUUUCCAGGUUGAUUCUAUUGUCACCUGCUGGUUUCCAUCAUGACUCCCCUCUGCUAUUUACAGCUAUGGAGUAUCUUAUGCUUCCUUUGGCCCCAAUUCUAGGGCCUAUUGUACCUGGCUUGUACAUACCAACAAAAUUUUUCCGUAUGUUGAUGAACAAGUUGGCUCGAGACUUUCAUAACUACCCUGCAGUCGGAGGACUGGUUCAGACCCUAAUGGGUUAUGUUGUCGGUGGAGACAGCUCAAAUUGGAUAGGAGUAUUAGGAUUACCGCACUACAACAUGAAUGACAUGCCAGGACUCUCAUUCUAUGUAGCUCACCACCUUGCACAAAUUAAACAUGCAAAAAAAUUUAUAAUGUAUGAUUAUGGAAGUGCAUCUGCCAACAUGGAAUUGUACGGAUCCCCAGAACCUUUGGACUUGGGUGAAUACUAUGGGCUCAUUGAUAUUCCUGUUGAUCUGGUCGCUGGAAGGAAGGACAAUGUGAUUCGGCAUUCAAUGGUGCAAGUCCAUUACAGGUUGAUGAAGGAUGCUGGUGUGGAUGUAUCAUAUAAAGAGUAUGAAUAUGCUCACUUGGACUUCACAUUCUCUCACCACGAAGAACUGUUAGCCUAUGUGAUGUCAUGCUUGCUGCUUGUGGAGCCCAUGCAGAAGCAACCAUGUAAUCAGAAGGCCUCAAGGUCAAGAGAAAAGGCCAAUUAAACCAUUUAAUCAGGAGGAGAUACUCAAGUAACUAUGCUUCCUGCUUUUCUGGAUUUGGCAUACGUGUAUCUUUAGAACCAAGUUGUCAUACAUGAUUGCGUAAAGACUUGAAAUAGAUCCAUAUAUGCUUCAGUCCAGUGUAAUUAAUGAUAGAGCAGCAGAAUAUACAAGUCUUGGUUGCCUUCCCAACUAGUUUUUGUAAGGAAAGCAUGACUUGAAUCUUGGUUGGAUUUUGCAAUCAAAAGUUGUAUCCUUGAUGUAGGGUAUUCGCCUUGGUGAUGUUUGUAAAUUUGUAAUGCACAGAUUAGGAUUUUUGGAAGAUCAAUUUUCUUUUUCAUCAUUUUUUGACAAUGAUAAUCUACAUAUAUAUGGAAGGAAUUAACCUUAGAGGCUUUUCUCUCUUA